CUCACUAGGAGAUCAGAAACAUGGUGUCCUCGCAAAAGUGGAACGAGGCCAGGCCUUGUCUUAUAGACAAUAUGUUAGCUACUCUGGAUCCACUGUCACACCGUGUGUGUCAGUGUGCAAACAAGUAGUUGUGAGGUGUCUGGACUGCCUUCCUCUUCCAUUCCUUUGUGCUGAGUGUGAUAUUGCAGUUCACACACGCUUUGUCCUGCACAACAGAGAGGCAGUAACAGAAGGGUUUUUGCAGCCUUCAUCAGAGUUUCACAAGCCAAUAGUUCGGCUGUUGCCUGUGCAAAGCCCAGACCAUGUGUGUGACUGCCCAGCAGGUAACGUUGAGGUUUCACCCGGCGCAAUUGUGGCUCUUUUAACCAUAAAUGGCCGUUAUAACCUUGCACUGCCAGUGGUGAGCUGCACCAGCUGUGGCCUAAUGUGGUCCCCCUCAGUUAAGGACAUCCUGGGUAGUGGAUAUUGGCCUGGCACCUUAAAUUUCUGCACCCUGUUUUCAGUGGAUUUCUUUCAGUCUUUCUAUGACAUUAAGAAGGCUGCACCAGGGAUGUCACUUAAGGCAUUUGUCAAAAUGCUGGAUGAAAGAACAGCCCAUUUUGGAAGGACUGGCCGAAUAUCAGCUGAUGCCUUCAGUAAAAGCUUUGUGGAGUGGAGUGGUGUAAAGUUUGAGGUGGACAGGAUGUGCAAGGAGCCAUGCUUUAGCUGCCCUGCCUGCACUCCUGACAUGCUUUCCGUGUCAGUUGAUGGAAACCGUAAGCUUUAUCGUAUUCAAUCAAAUACAAGCACUUCAGAGCAGGCGAACUUUGAAGGUGUCUUCAUUGAAAAAGAUGAGGAAGUUGCUGAGUUUAUGAAAUACAUCCAGAGACACACAAAUGCUGAGGAUCGUGGAGAGGAAGGGCAGCACGCACAGGGUGUGCACAGUCACGACAGCGGGGAGCACGAACACGGACACCACUGGAAGACACGCACGGGAGUCUUGGGGAGCACGGGGAUUAAUUGUGCAUUGCUAUUUACCACAUUGUAAAUAAACGCACUGUCUACACAUAGAGCUCCGCGCCUGGGUCCUCCUUUUCCCCAUACCCCCACGGUCUGCCAGCCAGACCGUGACACCUAUAGCUGCAAAAAAGGCUACAAUUGUUGUGUUUUUGCAAAAAAACCAAAAAACAUGAGAGGUUUAUGGACAAAGUUUGUGUUCUCCAUUCUUUAAGCCGGUUCGAGCACCGUUUAAGUACUGGCACUGUUCCAAAAGUACUGGUUUGGCAGGUGGGGGUUGUGCUUUCAGCCCAACACAGUGCAGGACAUUUGGCAUUUGCCAGAGAACACCAAGAUUGGCAACUUUGCCACUGGCGCCCUGUGCU